AUGGAGUACUUGAACAAUUUUGAAUCAACAAGUAUUCUAGACCUGGAUAGUUACCAUAAUAGUCAAGUUGUAAACUAA